GAGCCCGCAGUGAGUGAGCGUUGCCCUUGGGCGCACGCGACUCCAACCUCGGGUCCUCUGGCGCGCAGAGAGAGAUGGGUGGAGCGCGCGCUCGCUCCUGUCGCGCUCUCGUGCCGCCUGCAGAGCCGUUAUAGGAACUCCGAGCUCACUGAGAGAAAUUAGCCUUUGGCUAACAAGACAUUUUAUUACAGUUUUGAAAGCGGAGGAUAAAAGAAAAGCGGAGGAAAAGUUAAAGAUUUAUCGUUUCUCUUUCUGUUUGGAGGGAAAUUUGUUUUUGUUUUAAUCCACCGAAGGAAAAAAGUUGUCUCGUGUUCAGGACACUUUACCUCACACAGAGAUCCCAUGCUGCUUGUCACAAUGUCUCCAUUCGAAAGCUGGAGGUAACCAGAGGAUAUCUGCGUUCCCCCAUUCGACAUGGUCCACUGGACCACUGUUCUGGUGCCAUGUAUCUGGAUCCAGGCCCUUGUGACAUGGGUAGCAUCAGAAACCUGCCCUUCUGUGCCCCUCGCACAUGUCAGCUUCUCCGUGCCCUACCCCAUGCCCACAUUUCAGACCUCCGACCCCAUCCAGAACAUCGCUGUCAACCCUUUUUACCACGAGGUCUACGUGGGUUCGCGGAACAUCAUUGAGGCGGUGAACGGCACUCUGGGUAAGCUCUGGGAGCUGCGCACUGGCCCUGUGGGCAGCAAGGAGUGCCACCUGUGUCGACUGUGUGACAUUGAAAGCGAUCCGUUUGAGGAGGAUACGGACAGCGAGGUGCUGCUGCUGGACACCUUCCUUAUGUACCUGUACACGUGCGGCAGUUCUCAGUAUGGAGUGUGUUACUUCCACCAGCUCAAUGAAAACGGGCGGGCACCGGCACCUUCUAAGUGCCUUUUUCGCAAAGAAGCGAACUCCGCCGCUUUCUGCCCAGACUGCAUCGCCAGCCCACUGGGCACCAAGGUCAGCAUGGUGGAGGAGGGACAGACGGUGUAUUUUUAUGUGGCCGCAACCGUCAAUGACAGCGUGACGCAGCGGUACGGCAGGAAGUCUGUCUCGGUUCGGCGUCCUUUAGCCACCGAGAAUGGCUUCCACACGGACGUGCAGGGCCUGACGGUGCUGCCCGAGCUGAGGAGGGUCUACCCCAUAGAGUACAUUUACAGCUUCUACACUAAUGACUUUGUCUACUUCCUGUCGGUGCAGAGGGAGAAGGCAGAGCUACACGGCACGUCCCGUUUCCAGACGCGACUCGGACGUCUACCGCGCAACGAAUGGGAGAUGCGCCGCUACAGAGAGGUCGUGCUCGAGUGCCGCUACGAACCCAAGCGCAGACGCAGGAACGCGGACGGUGCCGCCUUCAGGGACAUCGUGUACAAUGUGGUGCAGGCGGCGCACUUUGGCAGGGCCGGGCGAGAACUAGCCGAUGAGCUCGGCGUGGAGGAAAACGACGACAUUCUGUACGGAGUCUUCGCCGUUAAGGACGUCUCGGACGUCACCGAGCACGACUCGGCUCUUUGCGCGUUCCCCAUGGACUGGGUGAACAAGUUCAUCAAUGACGGCGUGGAGGAUUGCUGCACUUAUGGACCAGAGAGGCUUUCCCGUGGUCUGUGCCACUUCCAGCCCUGCGAAAGCUGCCCACACGAGAGCAUAGAGCAAAAUAUGAGCUGCAGAGAUCAGCCCACUCUGGUGUCCCAGCCAUGUUACAGAGUGGACCUGUUCAACAGGCAGAUGAGAGACACGCUGCUCACCUCUCUGCUCGUCACCAACAUCGACAAUGAAACCCUCGCCCACAUCGGCACGGCCGACGGCAGACUGCUGCAGUACGUCUUGCGGAGAUCCAGACCCAUAAUCUUCGCCAACUAUUCCCUCGCGCAGAACCAGAGGGUGUCGUCCACUGCCGCCGUGCUUCCCCCAGACCACCUCCUCUUCAUUGUGGGGAACAAGAUGAUCCAGGUGCCUCAGAGAGGUCCGGGGUGUCUCCACUUCCUCACCUGUGCUGCAUGUUUGACUGCACCACGGUUUAUGGCGUGUGGCUGGUGUUCAGGACGCUGCACAUGGCAGUCUGAGUGUUCGAGGCACUGGGUCAAAGAGUCCUGCCCACCUGUCAUAACCGACUUCUUCCCUAAGACGGCGCCCCUCGAUGGUCAGACGGAGUUAUCGCUCUGUGGAUUUGAGUUCCAGUCGCCCCACAAACCUGACAUCACCACCAAGACUCACGUGGUGAAGCUCGGAGAAACUGGCUGCGUAGUUCACCCUCAGAAAAGCAACAGCAAUGUGCUGGUGUGUAAGAUUCGUUCUGAAGUAACGGAGCCUCCGUUUAAGCCGAUUAACGUCACGGUGAGCGUCCGCGAGGAUCGCAAGGAGGACCCGUACUUCAUCAAGGGAAUUGAUGAAAUGCCUGGAUUCACAUUUGUGCUGCCCAACAUCACCGAGGUGCAGCCGGAUUACGGUCCGAUGAACGGAGGCACCUUGAUCAACAUCACCGGACCUUUCUUACACUCAGGGAGGACCAGGAAGGUCACGCUGGAUGGUGAAAUCUGUCCUAUUAAAGGAGUAUCUGUAGUCCGAGAGACCCUGUCCUCCAUCGUGUGUCUUUCUCAGCGUGUCACCGAGGCGAAGGAUGUGGUGCUGCAGGUCUACAUCGACAAAUUUCGCAUCGCCACCACCAGAGUCUUCCGCUACAAGGAGACGCCCAAGAUCCUCUCCGUUCGGCCCGACUGCAGCUUCGACAACGGCUCGCGGAUCACUAUCGAAGGGAAAAAUCUAGACUCUGUCUACAGGACCAUCAUCCACUUUAAACCCAAAGAAAGCCACCUGAAACCAGUUUCCACAGAGUGCCUGGGAAAAGCCAAGUCUACCCACAUGGAGUGUGUGACUCCGGUCUUCCCCAGAGAUGAGACAGAAGAAGGAGAGCUCUCCUUUGACAUGGAUGGAGCUGUGGGUUUGUUUAAGCAGGACUUCUCCUAUCACCCGUACGGCAGGCCCAUUCCCUUUGAGACCGAGGGACACGUUCUCACACUCUACCCUGGCUUUGAUGAAGUUUCCUUACAUCACCAGAAGCUGAACCUGGUAAACUCCUGCAUGAAGAUCACCAUGACGGUCGGAGGAGUUGACUGUGGAGCGAAGGUUCUGGAUAACGAGAUCACCUGCCGCAUCCCCAAAAACCUCACCAUCCCUAACGAGGGCUUACCCGUGAAGAUCAUGGUCAACGGCCAGGUUCAUGACGUGGGCACGGUCGUCCUGGUCAGCAACCACUACGUAGUAGGCAUCGUGCUCGGCAUUCUGGGAGCUCUGGUUGCUGGCGCGGUGCUGGCUUAUGUCACUAUGAAACACCUGAGAAAGAAGAAGACAGAUUCCCUGGCUGAGAGUCGUCUGUCCCAUUACUCCCGUAAUCACAGUUUUUCAGGCAAUGGCAGCGUCGAGCUCCUGCCUUUCGGUGACUACAGACGAGAAAUUAACUUCAGUCCGACCCCUGCGUCCACUGUGCCUGUGGCGUUUCCCGGCCUGGCCUACGCCAACACGCUGGACCCCAGCUUCAACCCACUCUUGCCUUCUAAGAUCAUCUCCAUCUCCAGCUUCCGUCCGGAGCUCCUGGAAGAGGUGAAGGACGUCCUCAUCCCGGCGUCCAUGCUUAACGUACAGUACCAUCAGAUUAUCGGGAAAGGUCACUUCGGCACUGUUUACCACGGUUACUUAACCACUGACCACAAUAACUGGGAAAUCCACUGUGCCGUGAAGUCACUAAGUAACAGAAUAACGGAUGUAGAGGAAGUGGAACAGUUUCUAAAGGAGGGGAUCCUGAUGAAGGCUUUCCACCACUGUAAUGUGCUCUCUCUACUGGGCAUCCUGUUGCCUCAAGAAGGGCUCCCCCUAGUGGUGCUACCCUACAUGAAGCAUGGGGACCUGCGCCACUUCAUACGCUGUGAGAACAGGAACCCUACAGUCAAGGACCUGAUUGGCUUCGGACUUCAGGUUGCCAAGGGGAUGGAGUAUUUGGCCCAGAAGAAGUUUGUGCACAGAGACUUAGCUGCCCGCAACUGCAUGCUGGAUGAGUCAUACACAGUGAAGGUGGCAGACUUUGGCAUGGCUCGCGACGUGUUCGAUAAGGAGUACUACAGCAUCCAGGACCACAGGAAAGCCAAGCUGCCUGUCAAAUGGAUGGCCAUAGAGAGCCUGCAGACCCAAAAAUUCACAUCCAAAUCUGACGUGUGGUCCUUCGGGGUUCUGAUGUGGGAGUUACUGACACGAGGCGCAAGCCCUUACCCAGAGGUCGACCCUUAUGACAUCACACAUUACCUCUUAAGGGGGCGGAGACUCCCUCAGCCACAGUAUUGUCCUGAUCCGCUGUUUGCUAUAAUGCUGCAGUGCUGGGAUCCGGACCCGGAGCUAAGACCCAGCUUCUCCACGCUAGUCUCUGAGGUGACGGCCAUCCUCUCUGGCCUGGAGGGGGAGCACUACAUCAGCCUGAAGGUGACGUACGUGAACCUGGACCAGCCGCGCCCUUACCCCGCCCUGACCGAGUCGGCCGAUGAGUGCGAGACCUCGGACGAAGACGAGGUCGGCUCAGCCGCCACCUGACCGACUACACGUGCUGUCGCUCAUAGAGAAGGUCCUAAGACAUCAUCCCAGAGUCAGUGACUAUUUAUUUAUAAUGCAGCGGCCAUGCUGGAAUGUAAAGUUGUGAAAGAAGGUACGUGUUCUGUAGUGUGCAGGAAAAUGUGAACUCUUGUCUGAAGUAUGACUAAGUGCACACUGGACAAAUUCAGCCCUUUUAUUUUAUCUUUUAUUUUUAAUUUUAUAAAUUGCAGCAAAUCAGAAGAAGUGUCCGUUACUGCAGUGUGAACAGGGGAGAGACUAGAAACUAACAGGAUUUGGUUUGUCCAGUAAUUCAGAUUAAAAUUAAAGCAUGAAAAAAGGAAGGCGUGAUUAGAGAUAUUAGCAACAAAUGAGGAAGAUGAUCAGGUUUGGUUUCAUUUUUUUCAUUUCUAGACCUGUGAAAUGAUGGAGCUGUACAGUACGUGCUGUCAUGAUGGUAAUGUAGGCUGGUUUAAUGGUUACAGAUGAUGACUUUUAAAAAGCAGGAUACUUAUCUGUAGCAAAUGAAAUCAUGCUUCCCUCUAUGACGAACGUUUUAUUAGCACCAACACAAACCACACUGUCUACAUUUUCCCUGAAUUUUUCUCAGCACAAUUUUAGCUGCGUGCUGCUGUUCUUCCUGUCAGGUUCAAUCCACUCCAAACAGAUUUACAGAUAUUAUUAUUUUUUUUAAAAAAUAGCAGAUUUUUUUUGGUGAUUCAACUCGCUCAAAGUGUCAGAAGUAGUACUUUGUAAAACCGUGCAUGCUGUAACUUCUGUGGAAUGACAAAAAACGUUCUGUACCGAGAGAAACGUGGCUGAAUUUUAAUGUUGUGCACUUAGACUGGGUAGUUUUUGUAUUCUCGGUCCUGCAGCACAGCCUGCCUCGUUCCGCUGUGUUUUCUAAAUGUUAUAUAUCUCUACAAAGUGUCAGAACACCUUCCAGGAGGCAAAAAUUCCACACCGGACUGCUUAAGGUCCACCGGUAGUCUGGUGUGAGUCUGUCAGAAUGUGUGGCGCAAAAGAGAAGCGUUCACUGCCAUGCUUGUCUGAGUGGGAGGGGCUUAGUCAAUCACACUGACACUAACCAGAGCGUAGUUCAUGUAUGUAGAAGAAGGCGGACAGCUCCUUCCUCCGAAUGUGUCAUGUCACUGCAGCGUGAUCAGCAGUUUGAAAACAUGAAGUUGGCCACAUGUUAGACUUCUCCAUCUCCACUUAGAAGCUUUUGUGUGAUAGAGGAGAGCUGGCUGGUGGGAGGGGCAAUCUCGGGACAGAAUUCGGGUGAAAUAAAUAUUCCAAAACUUUAAAACUAAAAAUGAAAGAUGAGAUCGUAAACAAGCGGAACGUAUUAUCCUGUGUUUCUCUGGAAAAAAUUGUAGCAGUGAAAUUCAUUGUGAUCGUCAUGAAGGAACAUGAAAUAUUCUGUUUUAAUAAAUAUCAAGGUUCCACAGGAUACUCUACAAUUUCUGUCCUUAAGGCAACAACGUUUUGAAUGUUUGACCAUAUCACCGAACCUGCUACGUUACGAUAUGACACGAUACGUUUCGAUUCUAUUUAAUAACCUCUGAUCAACAUUUGAGCGGAACUGGGGCUCAGAGACAAGGAUGUAAAGCAGCAAAUCUCUCACUAUCCUAUACACAACAGUCUAAAACAGUUUAUUAUUUUUACACACUGGUUGUUUGUCCUUUUUAUAAUCUGUUAUAAACGUUAGUGACUGAUUGAUUUAUAUUUGUUGCCUCAUUUCAAGACGCUGCCUUUUAAUUCGAUGCGUUAUCAUGCGAUGGCUGUGGCCCUGAUGAAGCUGUGUAAAGGAAGAUUUCAUAGUCAGAUCAUGGUCUAGAGCCUAGAGCGUCCCACCUCUCCAGUUACACGGCUUUUCAUCCCGUGUGUCAGUGAAACAUCUCAUUCAUUCUGAAUAUUCAAUCUACCCAGUACUUCAUAUUCAUCUACACCUAUGUCCUAAAAGAUUAUAUGUUACGUUUUAGUGUUCAAGACUCUCAUCACGCCUGAUCAAACCGUGUCAGGGGAUCAUGAGUCAGAUAUCAGCUGAGCUGGAGCAGACUGGGAGAAUAAGGACUGUGGUGGGCUGCUGUGUGUGUGUGUGUGAGUGUGAGUGUGAGAGAGAGAGAGAUAGAAAUGAAACAGUUAUAUAAAAGAGCAUUAUCGUGUUCCUCAGACACGGAGAUGUUGGUGAUGUUAGUCGAGAUGGUGAAUGUCGAGCUCUCACAUCUUCUGGUUUUGUAAACACGCACAUUGUUGACUUUUAUAUUUGUCAGUUGUAGAGUAGAAGACUGUGGUCACAUUUUACUACUAGAUCACUAAAAGACUAUUUAACUCUGAUAUGCUAACGUUUCUAACACUCAGUCAGCAUCUCAUUUAAUUUAGCGCUAAAUGGGACUAGCUAGGUUUAAGUCGUUAUUAGCAAUGCUGAAGCGUUUACCUGACAAAUCUUUGUUCCUUGUGUCUGUGACAUACACAUUAUUAAUUUCUACUAAAAUACAAACAUUUUACUCUGCAAAACCACUUCUCUUUAUUGAUUUUCGUAAAAGAGAAGCUUGUUUUCAUUUACUGUUUAUUUUUAACUUUUAAAGUGCUUCACGAACACAUUGUGACGUUCCUCGACGCUGUAACUACAGCACAAGCUUUCAGAUCCCACCUCCUGAUGCACUACACACAUCGGCACAGUCGCGUCUUUACUAGGAGGAUUAAACAGCAUGCACAGGGAUCUUUUCAAAAUAAAUUCCUGUCGUAUUGCUCAACACCCACACACAGUCGCCUUGCAGUUUCACACAUUGUGUAAUGUGAGGACAAAACACACCAGUUAGAGCUUCAGACGUUUCCCUCCCUCAGUGUGUAUAACCAGCUCAUGAGCUCAGGAUACAUACACUGAUCAGGCAUAACAUUAUGACCACCUGCCUAAUAUUGUGUUGGUCCCCCUUUUGCUGACAAAACAGUCCUGACCCGUCCUGCACUGUGUAUUCUGAAACCUUUCUAUCAGAACCAGCAUUAACUUCUUUAGCAAUUUGAGCAACAGUAGCUCAUCUGUUGGAUCAGAUCACACGGGCCAGCCUUCGCUCCCCACGUGCAUUAAUGAGCCUUGACCACCCAUGACCCUGUCUAUCCGGUUCACCACUGUUCCUUCCUUGGACCACUUUUGAUAGAUACUGACCAGUGCAGACUGGGAACACCCCACAAGAGCUGCAGUUUUGGAGAUGCUCUGAUCCAGUGGUCUAGUCAUCACAAUUUGGCCUUUCGUCAAACUCAAAUCUCAAAUCCUUACGCUUGUCCAUUUUUUCUGCUUCUAACAUCAACUUUGAGGACAAAAUGUUCACUUGCUGCCUAAUAUAUCCCACCCACUAACAGGUGCCAUGAUGAGGAGAUCAUCAGUCUUAUUCACUUCACCUCCCACUGCUCAUAAUGUUAUGGCUGAUUGGUGAACACAUAUUUAUUAAAUUGCGAGUCAGUUAAAGGACCUGACACUGGAGCUAUACCUGGAGGAAUAAUUAUUUCCUGAUUUGUCCAGCUCUGAUUAAAUUAAUUCACUUCAGCACCUUCCAUUUGAACUGUUUCCUGUUUGAAGUCAUUUCUGUCUCUGUGACUCUACAGAUGCGAUGGAUAAACAUUAGACUAUUUUGACUCUUAUAGUGACCACUUUGACUGCGUGAGCUGUAGCUGAUGUCCAUUUUGGCUCACGCCUUUGUACGUAAUUGUAUGUUUGAAAUUGUUUUAGAUUCUAGCGGCACGUUUUAUUCGAUUUUCAUUCUGUAACUGAACUCAUGACUUUGUGUAGCUGUGCUUUAUGUGCUUUUCUAACUGAAACACACAAGAUAGCAGCACGCUAAUUUACUUCACUGGCUUUAAUUUCCAAGUUCCUCAGAACUGUUUAGCAAUUGUACCACGGCUAAUAACGUUUGUUUAAAUAAAAACUU